GCUGGCCCAUCUCCUGACGUAAGUCUGCACUCUGCUCGUUCACACCUCCCCUCCCGUUCACCUCUCUCUCCCUCUCUUUCCUGGCGGCGCCGCCCUCUUCGUCUUGCCCCUUCGCCGGCGACGAGCAUCCAACCACCUGCGUACGGGCCUCAGGAUGCAAUCUUUGCUCCGGAAUGUCUGCCGAGCCGGAAACCGCGGGGCUGCGGCGAGGCUCCUGGAGUUUGCUGCUCCUGUAGCCACUCAGCCGCCAUCCUCGGCCAUCAAACACCUCAGGCCUUGCGGGUUCACUCCUCCAACUGGGAAUCGGUUCAUUUCCCGUGAUGGUGUUCCUGCCUCCUCUGGUUUCUGCGCAAAAGUUCUCAUGACGAGGGGUUUGUCGACGGUGGGAACUGCUGAGGUCGCCGAGGACGAGGACGAUUCCAGCUCCCCUGCGGUUGAGCACCCCCCACGCAUCAAGUUCAAGAGGCCCGACAAGACUGCAAGACACAUUAUGAACAUCUUGAACAAAGAGGCGGUUGAAAAGGUCCGCACGGAGAGGGAGAUUCCUGAUGUGCAGCCUGGAUGCAUCAUUCAGAUGAGAUUGCAAGUUCCUGAGAACAAACGGCGAGAGUCUACGUUGAAAGGGAUUGUGAUAGCAAGGCGCAAUGCUGGGAUAAAUACAACCUUCAGAUUGCGUAGAUUAGUAGCUGGUGUGGGAGUCGAGUCCGUCUUUCCACUUUACUCACCAAACAUCAAAGAAAUGAAGAUCUUGGACAGGAAGAAAGUCAGGAGAGCUAAGCUGUAUUACCUGAGAGACAGGAUGAAUGCACUUAAAAAAUGAGGCUUUCAGCUAGGAUUUUUGCCCUGUUGGAUCAACCAGCAUGGUUUCUGACGGAGCGACGCUUGCAGUCUGAGAAUCACACCUAUUUGGUCCCAUCUUUGUAAAGCCAUAGUUUGUACUUCUCAUAGUGGGGAUGAGGUCUCUUGCUUGCCAUUAUUUACCUAGUAUUUGCCUUUGUCAUAACAAAGCUGGAAUAUUUGACGUAUCAAACUGAAACUAUUAUUAUACCAUGCUUCCUGCCAUCGA